CAGUUAGCCAAUCACAGCACUGGGGGCGGAGUUUUAGUGUUUCGGGGCGGAGCCGGUCGGAGUACGGGUGGGUUAAAGUGAAGGGGAAUGCCGGGUUGGCGGAGCUGCGCAGAAGCUGCUGCUGUUCCAGUAUGAAGGUUCUCCGGUGGGUUCCGGUACUGGUCGUCUCCUCCGUGGUCGUGUGGUCCUAUUACGCUUACGUCAUUCAGCUCUGUCUGUUUACAUUGAAGUGCAGCACUCAGAGAGUAUUAUACCUAUCUGUGUUCCACGUGUGUUUUCUGAUGUUCUGCUGGAGUUUUUGGAAAACUCUCUCCACUCGAGCCACAAGUCCAUCCUCCCUGUUCCAUCUGCCGUACACACAGCACUAUGAUCUGCCGGACAGCAUAGAGAUGAACGAGGAGAUCCUUCUCAAGAUUGCACACAAGCUUCCGUUACACACACGCACGGCUACAGGAGCUUUCAGGUUUUGUCGACACUGUCAGCUGAUUAAGCCAGACCGUUGCCAUCACUGUUCAGCCUGCCAAAUCUGUGUAUUGAAGAUGGAUCAUCAUUGUCUCUGGUUGAAUAACUGUAUUGGAUUCUCCAACUACAAGUUCUUCUUGCUUUUCCUCCUGUACUCUUUACUCUACUGUUGUUAUGUUGUUGCUACAGUUACACCUUCCUUUGUUCACCUGUGGCUGUCUGGGAUGUUUGACAGUUCAUCUAAGCUGCACGUGUUGUUCUUGACGUUGGUGUCGGCCAUGUUCCUGCUGACUCUAUUUUGUUUGCUGGUCUUUCACUGCUGGCUUGUUGCCAACAACAGAACCACCCUUGAGUGGUUGUCAGCCCCAUUUUUCCCAGAUGGGCCAGAUAGUGGAGCAUUUGACGUGAACGUAAGAAAGAACAUAUCUCAAGUGUUUGGCCAGGAUUGGAAACUUUGGCUAUUUCCUGUUUCCAGCAGUCAAGGUGAUGGCCACUCCUUUCCCUUAAGAAAGAGGAUCGCAUCCCACCAUUCAAUCAUAGCAAAUGGUGUUGAAUGCUUGGACAGAGAAGGAGUUGUGGUUUCCCAAGACAGCUGCAAUGUUGCCAUAGCAAUAGACGACUGAUGAAUUUUAUAAUAAGGUUGUUUUGGAGAAAGUGGAACAGAACAUGCUGUAAAAUGUAAACUGGACAAGAUUUACACUCCUGAACAUCGUUUAAGCUCAGAGGCAGAGGCAGGACGAGGUGUGUGAUCCUGAAAAGUAAAUGACACUGUGAAAUGGAACAAUGUAGAACACUUGAACAGUUAUUCAAAUCAGUUUUACAGUGUGUUACAGUGGUUUUAAUUCAAUGUUUCUAUCCAUUGGAAAUCUGCUGGAUAUUUGUGUGUGAGAUGUCAAAGCCGAACAUCCUAGCCUAACACCAAAGCAAGAAUGUUUAUUUUCCAAAAAUGUUUUUGGUCUGAAAAUUUGCCAUCUUGAGUUGAGUUGUCUUCCAUGAUUUCUUACCAAAAAAGACAGAAAUAAAGACAAGUUGUUUUGUACAAAA